AUGUCUGAAGACUCAUUAAUAGCACGGACAAAUAUAGAACCAUGCAACGAUAAACCUUCUCUUUUGAAGAGAACUUAUGACAAAAAAUGUCCUUGUGUUCUUGCCACUUCUAACUUUAAUGGUAAAGUUAAAGGUCUCGUCGUUUACUCCCAGGAUGAAUGUGGUGCCACUACCGUCGUCGGUAUUUUCAAGAGUGGUUUUAAAAAAGGUCACAGAUAUGAUUUUCUAAUCACUGAUGACUGUGGAAACCCAAUUCGUAAUAUGACUGCGGACCUACAUGUUAACUUUGUUAACGGCGGUACCGCUCCGUUUCAUGCCAAACUUCUUGAUGUUAGUCUUAACUGUGACAAGUAUGGUAUCUUACGUGCUCACACUUCCAAACCCAAACCACCUGCUGACUACAAUUCUACUGUUCCUUAUAAACGUAAUAAUGAUCCCUGCUCUUCUAAAUUUCGAAAACGUGAUUGGGGUGCCGAAACCAAAGUUUAUGAAGAUGCUUCAAAAUAA